AUGCAGGGCCAUUACGACCAGGGCGAUUGGCAGCAGGGCGGCGCAUGGGGCGGUGGCGGCGGUGGAGGCUCGUUUAUGUCGACACGCGGGGCCGCCACAUCCACCAACAGCAUCCAGCUGCCGCGCAACCGCUGGGGACAGCCCGCAGCGCCGAGGCAGGAUCCAUUCCCCCCCGCGUCCGAAGAGCCUCGCACUGCCAGGUACGCCUCGCCUCAUGCCGCUGGCUACAACGAUGAUCCUGGCAUGCACGGCGCGAGCAACUUCGAGGCCGAGCUGGGCGUCGGCAUCGCCAUGACGGGCGGCUACAGCAGCUACGAAGAGGAGCAGUACAUUGCACGCCUCCGAGCCCAGUCCUCGGAACCCCAGACGCACUACGUCGCGCAGCCCACCAGGCCUAGCCCGCAGCCCAUAAUGCUCAGCCCGGAGCUCGAGGAGCUCACCCAGAAGCUGGCCUCCUCGCCCUUCUCCUCGAGCGACCUCUACUACCACCUGGCCGCCCAGCCGAGCAUCCUGCGUGGCGAGGAAGAGCCCCGUGCCCAGAUCGAGAGGGUCCUCGACCAGGUUGCCCUGCUGAGGACCAGGAGGGAGAUCGAGAUGCAGCAGGCCGCGGCCUUCCAGCACGAAAGGGCACUGCAGCACGCUGAACGCUACGGCUCGGCGCAGCGUUCGUCGGAGCCCCCCUUCUCUCCGCCCAAUCAGUUUCGGCGAGCCGUUUCCCCGCCUCCCGCCCAGUCCGGCCGUCAGCAGUCGCCAGCCGAGACGAUGAUCAAGAGCCCGACAGCCACCAAGUCGGCCAUCCUGCCGUCGACCGAGGACCGGAGCAGCUCGGCAUCCAUCUGGGCCGUCAAGAGCGGCGGACCACCCCCUGAAUCGCCGGGCUGGAAAGCACGAGAGCCGACGCCUCCGCGCCCCAUGACGCUGUCGGAGCAGCACGACGCCCCGAGGGACGACUCGCAACCCGACAACUUUUCCGAGUUCAUCGACGAGGCCGUGGCCUGCCCGAGCGGCUGGUCCGACUCAGGAGACGGUCCGGAGGCCGCUUCGCCGCAGCAGACGUUCGAGCCGUCGGACCGUCAGCCUGGACCUGUGCAGGCAGAUGCGCCUUCCCUCGACACGACGUCGCCGAUGGCAGCCACGCCUACCUCGGUGCGAGCCCAGAGCCCCGCCAGGCACACCGAUGUCGAGCCGUCCGCAGCAGACGACGGCCAUCUCACGCCUCUGGCGGUCCCGACCCAUCUCGAGCAGAGCACCACUGUGCCGGAAGCUAAUGGAAAGGAGCUCGAAGAGCUUGCGGCCAUCCACGAGGAGUCGGCCAAGAUUGUCGCCCAGUGCAACCGCCAGCUGGAGGCACACGCUGAGCCCACCAGUGCUCCCGCGGAAGGCGCAGCUGACCUGGCCGGCACUACUGCCCCGGCUGCGCACGUCGAGGAGGCGACCGACGCCCGCACGUCUCCGACGCCUGCAAGCCCUCAGCAGCACCAGACGCAGCAGCAGCAGCAGCAGCAGAAGAGGCCCUCGAUCCACGCCAUGAGCCGCGAGGAGCUGAUCGAGAGGCUCAUCGAGCUCGAGGAGCAGAACAGGAAGCUGAGCGACGAGGUCAGCCAGCUCAAGAGGGAGACGGCCGAGCGUGGUCAGCAGCUUGCAGAGUGGAGCAAAAAGACGGCCACCGCCGUCAGCGAUCUCAAGAGGCGCCUCCACGCCGCGGAGCAGCAUUAG